AUGACAGAGGUUGCGGCCAGGGCUGUGCCGCAACAGCCCUCGAUCGCGCCUGAUGCGACGAGCCCCCGGCCGGGACAAAAUAGCCGCCUGAAUCACGAUACCUCUCUCGUAAGCAGCAACGGCUGCUUCGAGUUCGACCGCGUCAUAAAAUGCGGCUACGUGGAGAAGCGCACCAAGACCAAGCAAUGGAAGCCUGUAUACCUCGUCCUGCGACCCGAUUACCUAUCCAUGUAUAAGAACGAAAAGGAAACAAAGUUGCGCUAUCAAAUACCCCUUGCCGACCUCAACGCCGUCACCCUCCUCAAGGACCCGAAGCACAAGCGCCAAAAUGUCUUUGGUCUAUUCUCACCCUCCAAGAACUUUCACCUACAGGCGCGCUCGCUGCAAGACGCACGCGAGUGGGUAGAACUGAUACGAAAGGACGCCCGCCUUGCUGAGGAAGAGGAGGAAAUGUUUCUCGCUAGCCCCCUCGCCCGUACGCUCUCUCCGACCGCGCCCUGCACAAUACCACCCACAAGCCUCACCAACAUUGACGAGCAAAUACACAGCAUGUCCGAGCAACUCCUUUCGAGCUCCCCCGAAACCUUUGGUCCUCCCGCGCCUGGGUUCCUAGGCCACCGCGACAACUCCAUCGUCGACUCAUCGGGCGGCGAGAUCGCCUCCCACUCCGACUUGUCAGACACCGACUUUCAGCGCAUCCGCGGCGGCUCCAUGGAGAGCCAGCUGUUUCCCGGUCACAUCGAGGUCGGAUCGAUACCGCCUAGCUCCGGCCUCCCCUACCGCCCGGCUGCACAGCGCUCUGCCAGCCAGGUCAGCGUCGCCAACCAAGAGCAGGAGCUGGACCGCGUCGUCUGGCAAGGCUGGCUGUGGCAGCUCAAGAGCAAAGGCGGCGUCAAGCAGUGGAAGGACAUGUGGGGAGUGCUGCGGCGGCGCAACCUCAUUCUCUACAAGGAUGAGUCCGAGUACCUCGCGCAGUGGAUCGUGCAGCUCUCCGUCAUUGUCGACGUUGUUGACAUUGACCCAAUCAACAAGAGCAAGGAGAACUGUUUGCAAAUCAUUACCGAGGAGAAGAGCUUCAAGUUUUGCGCACACGACGAGGAGUCUCUCGUACAGUUCAUUGGAGCGCUCAAGAGCCUGAUUGCGAAGCGCAAGGCUCUUGAGUCGAGGCUUGCGGCAUCGUACUCCUGA